GGCUGAGAAUUCAUCACAGAGAUGUUCACACGGAUCAUUCUCCAAAUUUCCAGAUUUUGCAACAAACUCUCCCUCCAAUUUUCCUCACACCAUUCUCACUUCUCAGCCUAUAAAUAACACUUCAUUCUCACAAGAAGGGGGAGGAGAAAAAUCACACUGUUAUGCUGCUAAAAUUCUACCAGAAUUCUCCUCCAAACUUUCAUACACAAACCUUCCAUUUCUGCACAAAUUACAACAGCCGAUCCACCACCAUAAUCACUUUCAGAUCUUCAUAAUCAUUCACAAUUAUCAGCAUCAUCAUCAUUUCAUACGCUUCAACAGAAUUCCAUAAAACUUGCAACCUAUAACAAACCUCCAUCAGAACUCAUCAACAACAACACCUACAUCGCAACGUCAUCUCCAAAUCUGCAUCUCUAUUUCAUCAACAAACACGGACACGACGAAGUGAUCAUCGCAAGUGUAACCGAGCCAACAAUUUCACGUCAUCAACUGAAUCACACAACCCGCUCUUGCGUCACGUUUCAUUCCACCUGCAGAUUAUUAGAAGCAAGCAUCACCGACGAAUCAUCAAUUGAAUCUGAAUCGCAUCUUCAGGGCGUAAGGAAGCUUAUUGUUUCGCCUCUGGUCUUCUCUUAUUGUCUCUGCUUUGAAUCCAGUUAGUUGUUGAUCGUCAAGCUGUUUCCUCAACACCGCUACGGAACUAGAGCUGCUGUUAGACAAAGAAUGGCAGACCAAGAGAAGUAUAACAUGGAAGUUAGAAUGGAAAUUGAUGAGUUGAAAUCAAGCAUGAUUAAGCUUACUGAGAUGAUGCAAGUGUUGAUGGCAAGGACUGAUCCACCUCAGAGAACUGUUAUUUCCGAAGUCGCAACUGCUGUUGUUGAUCCUUCACUUGCUCAGAAGCCACCUUCUACUUGGCCAGAAUUUGGGUUACCUGAGAAUUUCUCCCCAACAUAUGUCAAUGCUUCUAUGGUGGGUCAAACUUCGAGGCAGGUAUUUCAACCUCCAGUCUUUUCUGAACCUCCACCUGUUGUUCAUACUACUGCUCAAGCUGUUCCAGCUCGUUAUGACAAUCCUCUCUAUGAUUACCGUUCUGUUGGUUCUCGAAGUGUUAGUCAAGGAGAUUGUGGUGAAGUUGAAGAAGUCCGUGAGCAAUAUCAGGCAUUGGAAAAGAGACUAAGAGCUAUGGAAGGAAGCAAUUUCUUUAGUGUGAAUGCUGAUAAUAUGGGUCUUGUUUCAAAUCUUGUCAUGCCUUCCAAGUUCAAAGUUCCUGAGUUUGAGAAGUAUAAGGGGCAUACUUGUCCAAGAAAUCAUUUGACCAUGUACUACAGAAAGAUGACUGCUUAUACCAACAACCAAAAUUUGCUCAUUCAUUGCUUUCAAGAUAGUUUAAGUGGUGCUUCACUGAAGUGGUACAUGAGUUUGGAAAAGGGUUGUGUUCAAAGUUUCCAAGAUUUAGCUGAUGCAUUCAUGAAACAAUACAAGUAUAAUCUGGAUAUGGCACCUGACCGUCGUCAACUUCAGAAUAUGGCUCAGAAGGAAAAGGAAUCUUUCAAAGAAUAUGCUCAACGUUGGAGAGAAUUGGCUUCCCAAGUUGAACCACCUCUGUCUGAGAAAGAAUUGACUAGCUUGUUCAUGGAUACUCUCUCUCCUUUCUUUUGGGAGAAGAUGAUUGGAAGUGUGUCUUCAAAUUUCACUGAUUUGGUAACAAUUGGUCAAAGGCUAGAAGAAGGAAUUAAGAAAGGAAAAGUGUCUGUUGUUGUUGAUUCUUCAAAGAAACCUUUUGGGGGCUUCCAAAAGAAGAAAGAAGGUGAAACUAGUGCUGUUGAAAGGCCUCGACAAAGAGCUCAACAUUAUGGUCAACCUCAGGUAGCUGUUGUCCAAGUUCCUCAUCAGAAUACCGGUCAGAAUCAGAAUCGUGCUGCAAGGCCUAAAACAGAGUUCGAUCCUAUUCCAAUGACUUAUACUGAAUUGUAUCCUCACUUGGUUCAACUAGGCUUGAUUACUACAAGGUCUUUUACUCCUCGAGAUCCUCCUCCUGCUGGAUUCAGGGCUGAUCUUCACUGUGAGUACCAUCAGGGAGCUGCUGGUCAUGAUUUAGAGCAUUGUUACGCACUGAAGAUUAGAGUGCAAGAGUUGGUCAGGGGAAAGGUGAUAGAUUUCACGGCUCGUACUCCAAAUGUUGUCAACAAUCCUUUUCCAGUUCCUAACAAAUGAAGUUUCAAUCAAAGUCAGAUUCUCUCCUAAAGCCAAGUGUUUCAGACGGGACAGCUCAUCCUUGUUGCUGAUUAGUCAUUAGGCCAUGUUUCUUUACUGUUUGCAUUUCUUUCAAUUGUAAUGUCUGUUUACUUUUCAAACUUGUUUGUUUCCUACUGUUAAUUGUAAAUGAAAUGAGCAUUGCAUGUUUUGAUUCAAUUCUUCUCAUUUACUGCUUUAUUUCUUUCAAAAAAAAAAAAAAACAAAAAAAUAUGUUUCUUUUAUUUGUUUUAUUUACCAUGUUGUCUAUGCAAAGAUUUGAGGGAGGAUGAUGAAAACAAGAUACCCAUGAUUGCUGUUAGUGUGCUUUUGAAUAAAACUUUGCUGAUGAUGUACAGGCCUUGUUUCAAUUCCCAAACACUGGAGAAAUAAGGAAGUUAAUCCCUUGUCAACCCCUCAGAGCCUUCGAAGUUGGAGUUUUCUUUUUAAAUGAAAAAACCCGCAAUUUUAACCUGGGGAUGGGUAGUUUUCAGUUUAUUCAUCUUUGCAUUCAAAUACAAGAGUUUCAUUCAAGAUACCUUUCAAUAAGGUCGCAAUUUCAAGCUUUCCUUCGCACACGUCCAAGAAGUGUCGAAGACGUCCUUCAAAGUCAAAAGUGAUGAUGAUGGUUCUCCUCAAUUGUUAA